AUGGAGGGUACGAGACCAGAUUCACCUGAACCCAGCUGUGUCUCCAUGAAGAGCGACUGGUCAAUGGGACAUCCAAUUAACUUUAAAGAUGGAGGGUGUUCUACUGAUCUGAGAGCACAAAAGAAGAAAUUAAAUGUUACUUACAGAGAUCAGUUGGAAUCCAUAUUUAAGGAACUGGAGCUCAAAGUCAUCAGCAUGUUAAAGAAUGAGCUAAACAAGUUCAAAAAGCUACUGAAUGAAGAUUACCCAGCAUGCUCUGAGCAGGAGGUAAAGGAUGUGGAAGAUCUGAGUAGUUUCAGAGAGGGGGCACUAAAGAUCACACUGAAUGUUCUGAAGAUCAUGAACCAGACAGACCUCGCUAACACCCUGCAGAGGAAACUAUUAGUCUCUGUAUAUCAGAAAACACUCAAAUCCAAUCUGAGAGAGAAAUGUAAAAGAAUCAGUGAAGGAAUCUGCCAGCAUGGAAGCUCAGCACUUCUGAAUGAGAUCUUCACAGAGCUCUACAUCACAGAGGGUUGGAGUGAAGGCAUCAAUAAUGAACAUGAGGUCAGACAGAUUGAAACGGCAUCCAGGAGACCAGCAGUACAGGAGAUUCCCAUCAAAUGUAAUGACCUCUUUAAAGACACGUCCAUCAGAACUGUGCUGACUAAAGGAAUCGCUGGAAUUGGAAAAACAGUCUCAGUGCAGAAGUUCAUUCUGGACUGGGCUGAAGAAAAAGCAAAUCAGGACGUCAUCUUCAUAUUUCCACUUCCUUUUAGAGAGCUGAACUUGAUGAAGCAGGAAAAUCUCAGUCUGAUGGAACUUCUUUAUCAGUUUUUCCCAGAGGUGAAAGGUCUGCCAUCAUUAGACGGUGAUGCUUAUAAAGUUUUGUUCAUCUUUGAUGGUCUGGAUGAGUGUCGACUUCCUCUAGAUUUUCAAAAUAAUGAGCGAUUGUGUGACAUAACAAAGUCAGUAAAAAUGGAUGUGCUGCUGACAAACCUCAUCAAGAGAAACCUGCUUCCCUCUGCUCACCUCUGGAUCACCACUCGACCAGGAGCAGCCAAUCAGAUCCCUCCUGAGUGUGUAGCCCAGGUAACAGAGGUACGAGGGUUCAGUGAUCCUCAGAAAAAGACGUACUUCAGGAAGAGGAUCAGUGAUGAGAACCUGGCCAGUAAAAUCAUCACUCACAUGAAGUCAUCAAGAAGCCUCUACAUCAUGUGUCACAUUCCAGUUUUCUGCUGGAUCUCAGCCUCUGUUCUAGAGAGAAUUCUGGAUGGAACCGAGGGGAAAGAGAUCCCCAAAACUCUGACUCAAAUGUUCACCCACUUCCUGAUCUUUCAGAUAAAACACAAGGAACAAAAGUAUCAUGGGAAAUCUUACCCUGAUCCUCACCAGACCAGUGAGACGAUACUGUCACUGGGAAAACUGGCCUUCCAACAGCUGGAGAAAGGAAACCUGAUCUUCUAUGAAGAAGAUCUGACAGAAUGUGGCAUCAAUGUCAAAAACACAUCAGUGUACUCAGGAGUCUGCACCCAAAUCUUCAGAAAAGAGGCUGGACUGCACCUGGGUCAGGUCUUCAGCUUUGUGCACCUGAGUGUUCAGGAGUUUCUGGCUGCUUUAUAUGUAUUUCUCACCUUCAUCAACAAGAACAGAAAUGUGCUGGUGAUGCAAAACACUGGAUUCUUUAACAUCUUUAGAAACUAUACAAACAUGUCUGACUUUCUAAAGAGUGCAGUGGACAAGGCCUUACAUAGUAAGAAUGGACACCUGGAUCUUUUCCUCCGCUUCCUCCUGGGUCUCUCACUGGAGUCCAAUCAGACUCUCUUACGAGGCCUACUGUCACAAACAGGAAGUAGGUCUUACAACAAAGAGGAAACAGUCAGGUACAUCAAGGAGAAGAUCAGUGAGAAUCCCUCUCCAGAGAAAUCCAUCAAUCUGUUCCACUGUCUGAAUGAACUGAACGAUGAUUCUCUAGUGCAGGAAGUCCAACAAUACCUGAACAGAGGAGGUUCUCUUCAUCAUGAUGGACUGCGUCUGUCUCCUGCUCAGUGGUCGGCUCUGGUGUUUGUGUUGCUGAACUCAGAUCAGGAGCUGGAUGUGUUUGCUUUGAGGAAAUAUUAUCCAUCACAUGAAGGUCUUCUGAAGCUCCUGCCAGUGGUGAAAGAAUCAAGAAGAGCUGAGUUGGAUGGUUGUUCUCUAACAGAGGAAAGUUGUGAAGUUCUGUCCUCAGUUCUCAGUUUAAACUCCUCCAGUCUGAAACAUCUGAACCUGGGUAACAAUAAACUGAAGGAUUCAGGAGUGAAGCUGCUCUCUGCUGGACUGGAGAAUCCACACUGUAAACUGGAGAUACUGUGGUUGUUUGGUUGUUCUCUAACAGAGGAAAGUUGUGAAGUUCUGUCCUCAGUUCUCAGUUUAAACUCCUCCAGUCUGAAACAUCUGAACCUGAAUAACAAUAAACUGAAGGAUUCAGGAGUGAAGCUGCUCUCUGCUGGACUGGAGAAUCCACACUGUAAACUGGAGAUACUGAGGUUGUGGGAUUGUUCUCUAACAGAGGAAAGUUGUGAAGUUCUGUCCUCAGUUCUCAGUUUAAACUCCUCCAGUCUGAAACAUCUGAUCCUGAGUAACAAUGAACUGAAGGAUUCAGGAGUGAAGCUGCUCUCUGCUGGACUGGAGAAUCCACACUGUACACUGGAGAUACUGGGGUUGUGGAAGUGUGAUCUAACAGAGGAAAGUUGUGAAGUUCUGUCCUCAGUUCUCAGUUUAAACUCCUCCAGUCUGAAACAUCUGAACCUGAGUAACAAUAAACUAAAGGAUUCAGGAGUGAAGCUGCUCUUUGCUGUACUGGAGAAUCCACACUGUACACUGGAGAUACUGGAGUUGUGGAGCUGCAGUAUUACAGAUGAAGGUUUUACUGCUCUGGCUUCAGCUCUGAAAUCAAAUCCAUCAUCACGUCUGAGAGAACUUCAUCUGAGCAUCAAUAAUCCAGGAGAAUCAGGAAUAAAACUGCUCAAAGAUCUACAGGUGGAUCCACAAUGUAACCUGAAGGAACUACAGUGA